UCUCUGUACCCCUACCCUACCGCGUUGAAUAGCCCAUGAUAUGUGCAGACGGUUCUUUAAUAAACGAAACAAAAAAGAGAAAAAAGAGAAAUCAGAAAAGAAGGAAGAAGGAGGAAGGAUUUGAAUGCUGUGGAUUUAAAGAAGAUGAUUUGGGGAGCUGUCGCUCUUUCACCAUUCAUAGAAGUGGAUCGCUGAAAAGCAUCUGUAGGGAGAAGCUGGGCGGAGGAGGAGUAGCCAUGGACCAGGUUGGUGGUGUGAGUAUACGACCCAAAAAUGUGGUGCUCUACCACUAUCCAUGUCCUGAUGGCAUCUUUGCGGCUUUGGCUGCCCACCUUUAUCAUUCAGCUAUCGGUCGACCCGUUUCCUUUCUUCCAAAUACUGUCUUUGAGCCAUUAAGGGUUGAAGACAUUUCUACCAAAAACGUGGAGACUUUUUAUCUUCUGGACUUCGCAGGUCCACAAGGAUUUGCUGUAGAGCUAGCAAAGAAGGCUAAAGAAGUCGUGGUUUUAGACCAUCACAAGACUGCGCUUGAGACACUUCCACCCAAUGGAACAGGUCCUCCAAACUUACAAGUACUACUUGACAUGAAGAGAAGUGGUGCUACUAUUGCAUAUGAUUACUUCCUUGAAAAACUUCAAGUAGAGUCCUCACUUCAAACUUUCCUCCAAGAUGAUGAUGCUUCACAUCUAGAAACCCUCUUCAAGUACAUUCAGGAUGCAGAUUUGUGGACUUGGGCUUUACCAGAGAGUAAGCAAUUUAGCAGCGGCUUAAGUGAUUGUAAGAUUGAAUAUAAUGCCGUCAAAAAUGGGGAGGUUUUUCACCAGCUUUUGGCGUUGGAUCCUGAAGUCCUUAUCAAAAGAGGAAAAGUGAGCCUGCAGGAAAAACAGAAGCUGAUUGACCUUACGUUAGAUAGAUCUUUUGUAGUAUCUCUUGGUCAAGGAAAGUUUGGUCAGUGUUUGGCAGUGCGAGCAGAUGCGGUCGCUAAUCUCAGAAGCGAACUGGGUAACCAGCUGGCAGCAAAAAGUCGAGACCAAGGUCUCCGGGCAAUUGGAGCUGUGGUAUAUGUGGAGGAAGCAAUGAACGAUGCUUCUAUGUUCAAAAUAAGCUUACGUAGCUUAGGAAGCACUGAAGAUACCACAGAAAUAUCUCAGGUUUAUGGCGGUGGAGGUCAUCGUAAUGCUAGCUCUUUUCUAUUGUCAGUACAAAGUUUUGAGAGAUGGAAAGCUUAAGAUGUGUUAUCCGUGUACAUUUCAGAGACGAUUUUUAAGACAAUAGAUUCUUAGAUCUUUAUUGAAUUUUGAAGUAAAAGAAAAAAAUCCAAGUUGAAGCUUCUUGCAUUGUAUACAGUAAAUAUAGAUAAAAAUUUAGCUUAUUUUCAUUUAUUUGCAAGAACAAAAGUUUGUUUUCAUGUGACUGAAUCAAGUGAUAAUAAAAACAAUAAAUACAUUGCA